AUGGUGGCGUGGUUUUCUCCCCUGACUUGGGGCCUGAUAGCCGCCGUUCUAGUUCCCCUCUCCGUGUACUUUUAUCUAAACCGCCGCAGAGGUACCUUCCCGCCCUCCCCGCCUGGUAGCUGGCCGAUUGUCGGGCAUCUGUUCGCCUUAGGCCGAGAACCCCACCUGCGGCUGACGGAGUGGAGCAAGCGGUACGGCGAUGUGUUCAGCAUACGGCUCGGGAUGGAAGACGUGGUCGUCUUGAACGGAGGGAGGACCAUUAAAGACGCUCUGGUGGAGGCCCGGCAUGCCUUCUCCAGCAGGCCGAAUGUUUACAUACUCGACGCCAUCACAGGUUUUGGACAAAGUAUUGCUACGGCCAGAUGGACCGACGAAUUCGCGCAGCGCAGAAAACUGUCCUACAACAUCCUGAAAUCCUUAGGAAUGAGACUCAGCCCUGGUCAUGCCGAGGACGUAGUCAAAGAGGAAGCGAACAACCUCUGUCUAAAGAUACAAUCAUACAACGGUGAACCAUUUGACAUUGUGGACGUAUCGAAUGCCGCCUUUUCCAACGUGGUGUGCUCCAUGGUUUUCGGCCGCCGAUUCGACUACGACGACCCCAAACUGAGCCAGCUCCGCCGUAAUGUGAGGAACAUAGCGAGGGCCAUCAGUAGCUGCCAGAUCCUCAGCCUGUUCCCGGUUCUACGCUUUCUACCACUCGAGAACCAAUCCGGUCGUAAGGCAAUAAAGCUCGCCGGGAUGCUACUGGCGUUCAUCCGGGAAGAGGUAGUGGAACACCGCGCCUCCCUGCAGCCGGCCAACCCGCGCGACUUCAUCGACUACUGCCUGCUGGAGCUGGACAAGCCUCGCCCCGCCGGCGGCUUCACCGAGGAACACCUGGUGUACUUCGUGGCCAACCUGUUCACGGCGGGGACGGAGGGCGGCAGCAUGACGCUGGCCUGGGGAGUUCUCUACAUGAUCCUGAACCCGGACAUCCAGACUAAGGUCCAGGAGGAGUUGGACCGUGUGGUCGGUAGAGACGGCGGAGUUCCCUCCAUCAGUCACCGCCUGCAGCUGCCGUACGUGGAGGCGACUGUCCUGGAGAUCCAGCGGAUCCGCCAGGUCAUUCCUCUCAACCUCCCUCACGCCACAACCACGCCUGUCAACUUCCGCGGGUACGACAUACCGGCCGGGACACAGGUGCUGACUAAUCUGUGGUCGGCUCACAUGGACCCGGAAGUCUGGACAGAUCCGGACAUCUUCCAACCUGAGCGUUUUCUGGACCGGGAAGGACGAGUCAUCAACAACCCGGAGUCGUUCAUGCCUUUCUCUGCAGGUGAUCGGCUGUGUCUCGGAGAGAAGCUGGCCAAAAUCGAGCUGUUCCUGCUGUUCUCUGCUGUGAUGCAACGCUACCGGUUCACAGUGCCGGAGGGUGAGCCCAAACCUUCAACGGAAGGACGCUGUGGAUUUACCCUUACCCCUCCUCCGUUCCAGCUGUGUGCUAGCCCUCGAUACAAUACGCAAUAAAAUGGCUAAAGAUGAUGUCACAGAGCAGGACAAAAG